ACGCUGGCUUGCCUGGUCAGCCAGGAGCACCAGGGAAAGAGGGCAAAAGGGGUCGACAAGGAAAAUCAGGAGAUCCAGGGACUCCAGGACAACCGGGUCCACCUGGAUCAUGUGAUGCUGGGGCUAUUAAGGGUGAGAAGGGUGACCUGGGUGUCGCAGGAGUUGAAGGCCAGAAGGGCGAGAGAGGGGAUCCUGGUUUGCCUGGCCAGCAGGGAGCCAUUGGAAUAAAAGGGCAAAAGGGUGAAGAAGGACUCCGAGGACUGCCAGGCCCUGUUAUGACAGCACAUGGUCUGAGACUUUCUGGACCUGGGGAAGGAGGUGCGAAAGGCCAGAAAGGAGACCAGGGUGAAAAGGGGUCUGAAGGCCCACAAGGACUAAAGGGAGAUACUGGAUUGCCUGGGCCGACAGGGACUCCAGGACCUGAGGGAAAACAGGGUCCACCUGGUCUCACUGGACUCCCUGGUCUUCUUGGAGACCAGGGCUCUCCCGGUAAGCCAGGAACACCUGGAAAAGAUGGAAUAAAAGGAGAGAAGGGUGAUGCAGGCGGAGCUCCAGGGCCAGUAGGUACUCCAGGUCCCAAGGGUGAGCCCGGUGAGCCCUGCAAUGCUGGACCCUGCAAUGUGGAGGAGGUCGUGUCUGGCCCACGUGGGUCACGAGGCCCUAAGGGUGAGCGAGGUGUACCUGGAGUACCUGGAGACGCAGGAGAGAAAGGGGAACCUGGUGUUGGAAUCACUGGACCCCCUGGUCUGAUGGGACCAAAAGGGGAUCCAGGGAUUCAGGGUCCCCGUGGACCCCCAGGACUAGCCGGAUUACCAGGAAAUAUGGGACCUCCAGGCCCACAAGGCAAACCAGGACCCCCUGGACCCCCUGGAGAACCGACAGCGCUACCCAUUGUUGGAGACAUGGGCGCAUUAUUGAAGAAUGCCUGCAGUGUGUGUCAAACAAGAGUACCUGGUCUGCCAGGACAAAAAGGAGAGAAAGGAUCCCAUGGAGCUCCAGGUGUCCCGGGACUGGAUGGAGAAAAGGGGGAUCAGGGUCUGCGGGGCCCAGUUGGUAAUCCAGGGAAAGAAGGUCCAAAGGGAGUGAAGGGUGAAAGAGGGUUUCCUGGACCAAUGGGUUACAAGGGUGAUGAGGGGGCCCAUGGUGUGCCAGGAUUACCUGGAGCCACAGGCCGUAUAGGUGCACCGGGACUUAUAGGCAGACCAGGACCUGUUGGACCCCCAGGACCAAAGGGAGAUAGGGGCAGCGAGGGACCGACAGGUAGACCCGGACCACCUGGACCUCCUGGUGCUCCGUAUGUAGAGGGCAAUGGAAUGAGCAGUCUCUAUAAGCUUCAGAAUGGAGGGACUAAUGCUGGUCAACCUGGGCCACCUGGGCCACCUGGACCAUCGGGCCCCAAAGGAGAUGAAGGAAAGAUGGGUGAGCCGGGACUGAUGGGAUUACCAGGACUUGAGGGGCUGCAAGGUGCUAAGGGGGAUCCUGGCCUUCCUGGUCCACCUGGAAUCGCUGGACCCGUUGGAAAGCCUAGCCCACGUGGUGAGCCAGGGAUCCCUGGACAGCCGGGAGAGCGGGGACCACUGGGAGAGACUGGCUUCCCUGGACCUGAAGGGCCUCCUGGGGCCCCUGGAAGGCCGGGGAAAGAUGGAAUUCCGGGCUAUGAGGGAGCCACAGGCAGACCUGGGGACAGAGGUUCCAAAGGAGAACGAGGAGAUCCGGGGAUAACAGGAGAAAGAGGAGUCCAGGGAGAGAGAGGGAGACCUGGAGAUAAAGGGCCUGUUGGUCCACAGGGGCUGCCUGGAGAGAAAGGAGAACCAGGACCACCUGGGUCUUUAACGUCACCGGGGACAGUGAAUCUGUUGAGUGAUACAGCUGCCUUGGAGGAAAUUAAAACAUUUAUUCGAAAUGAAGUAUUGCGUGUGUUUGAAGAGAGGUUUUCAGAGAGUUACACUUUGAUGCAGAAAACGCCAGCAGCUAUAUUAGCAGCACAGGGUCGACAAGGCCCUCCGGGGCCACCAGGCAAUGUUGGCUCCCCAGGACCCCCUGGAGUGCCAGGUCCUCCUGGCACCCAAGGGUAUCGAGGGCAGAAAGGGGAACGGGGUCAAAUGGGACUGGGCAUACCAGGAGCACUAGGCCCCACUGGCCCACCAGGAUUACCCGGAAUAGGCAUCCAAGGGCCCUCAGGUCCCCCAGGGCCUCAAGGUCCACAGGGCAGAUGUAACCCCAGUGACUGCCUCCACCCUUACCCUCACGGCAGACGGGAUGGGUAGGAUCUCUGACACUUUCUGAUUUAACCUGACAAGAUCCUGGAAACUAAUCAAAGUCACAUACGCAAACUUUGGACUCUACUAAAAUACUAUUAAAAGCAAGUGUGGUCAUCCUGAUAGAAGAGAUACAUCCAGCUGUGAUUUUUUUUUUAUUUUUUAAACUUCAUCCGUUAUGUGUGUGGAAAUUUUCAGUCCCUCCUGAUAUGCAAAUUGCAAACAUGACACAGUAUGUUUAUCUUCUGCAAUGCAGGCGGCAAUACAGCUAAAAUUUGUGACGUCAUUCAGGUAUGUCUUUUAUCUCUGUUACUCAUAUUUGUGACCAAAUGCAUUCUGCAUUUACUCAUUUCCCAUAUGUUGCGUGGUUGACAUAUGAAAGUUAAAAUCACAUCGUUACAUUAAUCAGAAUGGAUAGUUUUAUCUGGUGAGAUGUAAUCAAGACAAAAUUAUAAUUUUAUUUACUGUACACUUGCAUAUUUUUCUUAAGCUGACGUGAAGUUUAUUUUUAAUUGAAUUGUGAUGUCGUUGUGCAAUCUAGAAGUAGAAAAUGAAAAUGUUAACAAAUAUUAUGUAAAUAACAUUAUGGACAUUUCUUCAGAUGCUAAAUGUCAAACAUUUAAUUUUGACAAAUGUUUAAAGAAGUGUUUAAAGUAGUAACUUUGCUCAUGAAGGGAGUAAAUUAUUAUUGUGUUUAUCACCUCACAUGCACUGUCAGUACAUGUAUAUUGGAUCGCUCAUUGUAAUUGACUGAUCCAUUCAGGUUUAAGGACAUUUUUAGAUAAAGUGGAAGCCCAGCUGCUUUCUGGGACCCUAGACACAGCAUGUUAUGUAAUAAAUUCUACAUAUAUACAGUAUUUGACAAGGAGGAGGGUGUGGCUGGGCUGGCGCUGAGUCAGCUAAUCAGCGGGAGAGAGAGACGCACACGGCCGCUGUGUGUCUCUCUCCGUCUCUCUCUCUCUCCCGAAC